AUGGCAGACAUCAGCCAAGCAAAUCGUCCCGAGUGGCACGAGUCCCCUCGCGUGAAAGAGGAGGAGGAUGACGUGAGCGACUUGACGGGCGUCCCCUCGAAGCGUGAAGCUAAACAUCCCAGCUCGACAGAAGACUCCCAAUCAGGCGGCCUGAUCUCACCGCUCUCAGAUGCGGACGCCGCCAUGCCACAGUUGCCUCACACCAAUGAUGAAGAGACUGAAGGUCGUAAGACAGACCACAGCGACAACAAACGCUGGAAAUGUUUGGAAGAUUGUGGGAAAACCUAUGGAAGCAAGUCCGCUUUGAAAAGGCAUCUGUGGAUGCACACCGGAGAGAAACCUUUCUCCUGUUCGGUUUGCGGUCAAACGUUCAUUCACAAGACCUCCUUAAAAGUGCACGCAAGAAGCCACACCGGAGAGAAACCUUUCUGCUGUACGUAUUGCGGUCAACGCUUCUCCGAGAAAGGGAACUUAAAGAGUCACACCCGGACGCACACCGGAGAGAAACCUUUCGUCUGCUCGGAUUGCGGCCAAGCGUUUUCGAUGAAGGCGCACUUGAAAAGUCACGCGAGCACCCACACCGGCGUGAAACCUUUUGCCUGCUCCGUUUGCGGCCAAACGUUCAGCCUGCGGGGAACUUUAAAAAUGCACGCAAGGACCCACACGGGGGAGAAACCCUUCCCCUGCGCAGUAUGUGGACAAAGAUUCUCUCAUAAGGAGCACUUGACGAGACACACGAGAACCCACACGGGAGAGAAACCUUUCCCCUGCUUCGUUUGCGGUCAAAGGUUCACUCGGAAGGAUAAACUUAAGGAGCACAAGUGCAUUUGUGCGAAAAGUGACAAAUGA